AUGAUGGAUCCGUUGCAGUCUCUCGUUUCCCAAAGGUCUUCGGACUCGGGCCUCCAUAUCCAGCUGCACCCGCUCGUGCUUCUCACCGUUUCCGACCAUAUCACACGGCACGCGGCUCGCCAGCAACAAGGACCGAUUAUUGGCGCUCUGUUGGGCCAGCAAAACGGACGAGAGAUCACAGUGGAGCAUGCAUUCGAGUGCCAUAUUACUGGCGGACCCAAUGGCGAAGUGCUUCUCCUGGCAGCAUGGUUCGAGGAGCGCGUGAAGCAACAGACCACAGUCAAGGAUGUGCACAAAGACCCGCCCCUCGACCUUGUGGGAUGGUGGUCGACUGCUCCGUCGACUGGACCUGACUCCUCCCACUUGCCUCUCCACCGGCAGCUUCUGCAGGAUUACAAUGAAUCGUCCAUCUUCCUUGCCUUCCACCCAUCCCAGGUCCAAUCUUCGAGCGGCGCGAAACUUCCAUUAACUAUAUACGAGAGUGUCCACGAAGGUGAGAAUGCUGCCGAUACAGCCAAGGAGAUGCAGGUUGACGGCGAGGAGACGAGGCUGAACAUCCGGUUCCGCGAGCUUCCCUACUCCGUUGAGACCGGGGAGGCGGAGAUGAUUGGGCUCGAUACCAUCGCUAAGAGCUCUGGGAAUGCUUCGGAAAGCCAGGUCCAAGAGUCUACGCGCCAAGCAGGCCAGAAGACAAGCACACAGGCUGAACUACCCCACCAAGAAGAAGAAUUAAUCGGCAAUCUCAACACCCGCCUCAACGCUAUCCGCACCCUCGAGUCCCGCAUCUCCCUCAUCAAGUCCUACCUCUCCAGCAUUUCCUCCGACACCGAGUCCGAAAAAGACAGCACAACAAAAGACGUCCCCACCGCACUAUCCCACCCAAUCCUUCGCAACAUCAACUCCCUCCUCUCGCACCUCUCGAUCCUGUCUCCACCAGAACAAAGCGCCUUCGCUACCGAGGUCCUCUCCCAGAACAACGAUGUCCUGAUGGCCUCGCUCCUGGGCCAACUCGGUAAGAACGCUAAAGCUCUGCGUGACCUGGGCCGCAAGUCUGCCCUCGUCAGUUCUGCGCGCUCGAAUGUUCCCUCGCGCAGGAACCCUGCUCUCGCGCAGAGUCGCUUUGAGGACCAGCUCUUGGCUCAGGGUAUUGGCUCGGGCCGGGGUGGUGGCGCUAUGUAUUAG